CGCUUCGUACGAAAGUGAAUAGCCUUAAGUGUCAACUUUUACAUAAGUGUGUUUAUGUGGUUUUCACUUUUAUCUCAUUUUUCUUUUAUAAUUUUCUCUGUUUUCGUUAUAAUUAUUUCUAAUUUUAAUAAAUAAAAAAAACAAAGAGAAAGAAGUAGAAGAAAAAACAAAAACGUUCAGAUAAUGUCAUUAAUAUUUUAGUAUCUUUUGUUAAGCAUUAUUUGGUAAGUUUCCAAAACUGUUUCUGGUAUCCCUGGCUACGAACGAACAAAUGUGUAUUGUGCUGCAGUAAACGGAAAUGUCUUUAGAUCAAACUGUGUGCGAAGAUUUAAAGGCGUUUGAGAGACGUCUCACUGAGGUUAUUGCAAGUUUACAACCGGCUACUCUACGAUGGAGGAUGUUGUUAGGUUUUAUCUCAGUUUGCACCGCAGUUGGUGCUUGGCAUUGGUUAACAGAUCCAAAUACAUCUGCAGUUUCUUUUACUCAAAGUUUGUGCAAUCAUCCAUUCUUUACGACUGCUAGUAUCAUAUUGGUAAUAUUAUUCAUGAUGGGAGUACAUAGGCGUGUUAUAGCACCUAGUAUCAUAACCCAAAGAGCAAGAAGCGUAUUAGGAGAUUUUAACAUGAGUUGCGAUGAUACAGGAAAGCUUAUUCUUAAGCCUAAAAGACCUACGCAUCCUCAUGAGACAUGAAAAGGCGAUAUGUACAGUGUAUAUAUUAAGUCGUACGAUCUUUGCAAAUGCCUGGAUUGCUAAAUAGGGUGUCCAAAAGGAAUGUAUAUGUUAAACAUAUUUUUAUAUAAGAAUGAAUAUAUUAUUUAUAAUUCGUUCAUCUUUUAAUUUUUUUUUAUUUUUAUUUUUUUUUCGUAAUAUAAAGCAGAUAGUACCAAAUUAAGCGCUUUAGGGUUGGUAUAUUAGAUUGCGUAUGAUCAAAUGUUAGAUUUGAUACUUUUUUAUGUCGAAAUACUUUGUCAUUACAUAAUAUGUAUAAGAUAACAGGUUUUUUGCGAAAUUAUCUAAGAAGCAGACAAAUGUAUAUUUUUGCUACCAUGAUUGGAGAAAAAAAAAAGAAGUAUUGUCUAAGUCAUACAUUCAUUCUGAACACUCUAAAAAAUUUGACCAUUUAGUAAAUUCUGUAUUAUCACAGAAUAUCACAGACUCCAUUAACUGUCAAAAAUAUUUGAAAUUACAUUAUUAUUAUUAUUAUUAUCUUUUUUGUUGUUGUUGAUUUUGUGACCUAAAAAAUUUAUGUACAUAUGACGACGUUUGUUGUAUUUAUUAAUUUUUAAGAAAACUUAUGUUUGGUUGAUAUUACUUAUCAUAUGAUUGUUUGAUUCGAUAUAAAUAUUUAAAAAGUAUCUUUGUGAGAUUGUAACUGAGAACAUGAUUGACUGUAGUUAUUUUUUUUUAUGUACAUAUUGUAUAUAAAAUUUAAAAUCGUAGCAUUAGACAAUUAAGUGUUUAAUUUCUACUGCAAAUAAUCUAUAAAAAAUAUCUAACAAUUAUCACUUACAUCAACGUACUAUAUUUCCUUAUAUAACUUUAAUAUAAAGACAUUUUUCCUUAAUGUUCUAAACGUGUGUAAUAGUCUUUAUGUUCUUCCAUAUUUUAGGUAAGAAUAAAUGAGUCUGUUUAUUGUGAGAUAAUUAUCUUCAUUAACUAUAAAUAAGAGUAUAUUGUCAAAUGAUUUAGAAAAAUGCAGAAAGAAUUGAUCGCUAUAAUUGAUAAUAGAAAUAUAUAAUACUUCUUUACAAUAUCAAAAUCGUAAUUGUUAUUCAAACAUUUAAUCUGAAGAACCUUUGUUUCGUAUAUUCCUAUAGUUUGUAUAAAAAGCUAACUUUACAAAUUUGAUAAAAUAAAACUUAUCAACAAAUAUUUUUUUAUUGAAUAUAUCUCUUGUUCCUUAAUUUUUCACAGUACAAUGGUACAAACUUUUUUAAUUUAAUUAUUAAUCAACUCAACACGCGCGGUAACGUUCAAAACAUUUAUUCAUAUUAAUUUUCUUGAUAAUUAUUACAGUCUUCGCGUUACACAAUCAUGCAUUUUGCCUCUUAAAAUAUUACAUGUUACAUUGUAACAUGACAAAUGAUACAAUACUAUUACAUUAAACAGUAUUGAAUCAUUGAGUUUCAACUAAAUGUGAAAUGAAUAUAACUGAAAAAAAUUCAAUCGAUAACAUAAAUUAGAACGUAUGCACAAGCGUAAAGGUGUGUUAAUCAUUGAAAAUUUUGUUACUUUAGAUCCAUUUGAUGUAAUCAUAGUAAAGUAUAAUUUGAUAUAUGAUGUAUAAUCAUAUAUAUAAAUCUGCAUUGAUUCUACAAUUUUGAUCUUAAUGAAAUGAAUUUGUAUUUUAUUACGAGAGAGAGAGAGAGAGAGAGAGAGAGAGAGAGAGAGAGAGAGAAUGGAAUCGUUUUAUAAUAUAGAAUAAAAGUAUAUGCUUCAAAUAUAUCAUGAUGGAGGAACAAUUUAUUUUUAAGACGUAAUAUAUGUAUCUACAAGUGCUUAUUUGUAAUAAAUAAAAGUUUUUUGUUAAUUUUUCA